AAGAAUGAAAACAUAGCCCCGAAGUCUGUAAGACUUAGAGCCGGGCAGCAGCUACUUAUAAGGGAGUCAGCAUAGAUCUGGGGUUAAUACCUGAGUCUCUGAGGCUCAGCAUGCCAGAGAGAGCUGCUGCUGAUGGACACAGGCCCUGCAUCAUCAACUGAGUCACUGGGGACAUGUCAGUGGCAGCCUCUAUGAGAGGUUCUGCCUCUGUACUGCCUUCUCGAUGGAAAAACCAAGUGGCCUUGAAAGAGGGUAAGAUAAAGUUUCAGACUUGGGCUCAGCAGAAGAUGAACUUGAGACUGGGGCCAGCACCAGGCUCUUCAUGUGUCAGGUUAGGGAUUAUGUUGCUGUUAGUGAUUUUUCUGCCAAGCAUGUACUGUGAUCUGGGAUCUGUAUAUUACACUUUCUAUGAAAUAAUUAUUCCCAAGCAGCUGACAGUCAAGGGAAGGGAAGACCCAGUGGAAAAGGCAUCUUACAUGCUAUUUAUGCAGGGCCAGAAGCAGCUGAUUCACCUGAAGGUGAAGAGAGACUAUUUUGUGGAUAACUUUCCAGUCUUCAGCUACCACGAUGGCAGCCUGGGACAAGAAAUGCCCUUCAUCUCACGUGACUGUCACUACGAAGGCUACAUAGAAGGCAUCCCAGGUUCUUUUGUUUCUGUCAACACCUGCUCAGGCCUCAGGGGCAUCCUGAUUAAGGGGGGAAAAUCCUAUGGCAUUGAGCCCAUGGACUCUUCAAAACGGUUUGAACACGUGUUGUACACCAUGGCACACGAAGCUGGAAUCUCCUGUAGUGUCACUUCCGAAGACAGCCAAGUGGCGUCCACCAGCCAGCAACAAGGGAGCAGGAAGCCUCACAGUCCACAGGCGCUGUCCUACUUGUGGUCACACACCAAGUAUGUGGAGAUGUUUGUCGUGGUCAACAACCAGCGGUUCCAAAUGUGGGGCAGUAACAUCAAUGAGACAGUCCAGAGAGUGAUGGACAUCAUUGCUCUGGCCAACAGCUUCACUAGGGGAAUAAACACCGAGGUGGUGCUGGCUGGAAUGGAGAUUUGGACCGAGGGGGACCUCAUAGAGGUCCCAGUGGACUUGCAAGUUACACUCAAGAAUUUCAAUAGCUGGAGACAAGAGAAGCUCUUCCAACGUGUGAAGCAUGAUGUCGCCCACAUGAUUGUUGGACAUCGUCCUGAAGAGGAUAUGGGACAGGCAUUUCUCAACGGUGCCUGUUCAAGCGGCUUUGCAGCAGCUGUUGAAUCCUUCCAUCAUGAAGAUGUCCUCCUGUUUGCAGCGCUCAUGGUCCAUGAGCUGGGGCACAACUUGGGUAUUCAGCACGACCACUCGGCCUGCAUUUGUAAAGAUACACGCUUUUGCCUCAUGCAUGAAAAUAUCACUAAAGAAAGUGGCUUCAGCAACUGCAGCUCUGAUGACUUCUACCAGUUCCUCCUUGAACUCAAAGGCGCCUGCCUAUUCAACAAGCCUCAGCACAAAGGCCGCAUGCGUAGGAAUGCUGAAUGUGGUAAUGGUGUGGUGGAAGGCGAUGAGCAGUGUGACUGUGGUUCUUUCUGUGCCAGUCACCCGUGCUGUGACCAAACAUGUAACCUGAGGGAGCAUGCACAGUGUAGUGAUGGACUCUGCUGUUUCGCUUGCCAAUGGAGAAAUACAGGAUUCAUGUGCCGUCCUCCUUUGGGAGAGUGUGACCUCCCAGAGUAUUGUAAUGGUUCCUCUGGAGAAUGCCCCACAGACAGCUAUAAGCAAGAUGGUACAUCAUGUGAUUUAAUUCACUAUUGUGUUGGGGGUCGGUGUAAGAACCCUGAUAAUCAAUGCAUUGGUAUAUAUGGGCACCCUGCAAGGUCUGCGCCAGAAGACUGUUACAUUUCAAUGAACAGCAAAGGGGACCGAUUUGGAAACUGUGGCCGUCCUACCUUGGCUAGGUCAAGAUAUGUUAAGUGUGUAGAUGAUAAUUUAUUUUGUGGGAAACUUAUAUGUACAAAUAUUAGACGGGUACCACGAGUCAAACCGGGACAUUCACUGAUCCAGGUCGCUCAUGAAAAUGACUUCUGUUGGAGCAUGGAUGCAUAUAACACUACUGAUAUCCCUGAUGAUGGAGAUGUGCACACUGGCACUCUUUGUGCCCCACACAAAGUGUGCAUGAAUUACUCCUGCACUGAUCACGCUGUGCUCAACUAUGACUGUGAACCAGCAGAAAUGUGUAAUGGGAAAGGAGUUUGCAACAAUUUAAAGCACUGCCAUUGUGAGGCUGGCUAUGCCCCUCCUGACUGCAGAGAUCCUGGAAAUGGGGGUAGUGUGGACAGUGGUCCUCCUGGCAAAACAAUGUUUGAAAAUCUAAGUGCAGGUGAAAGUCGCAGUCCAAUUAAGCGUGGGAAUGAAGUUAAACGUCUUGGCAUGAUAAUUUUCAUACUCCCUAUAUUUCUUAUAGUAUUAUUGUUACUUUUAUUACUUAUCAUUAGCCUCAAUGCUGGAAUUGAGUCAGUAGAGACGCCAGGGGGCUCCACAGUAUUGAGCUCAGAGGAGACUGUGGAGUCCUUACAGGAGAUCGAACCAGAGGAUGUCCCAAAGGAGGCACCACAGGAAGCCCCUCCAGAGGAGGCCCCACCACCGGAGCAGGCCCCACCACCGGAGGCUCCAGCCCAGGAGCAGGUCCCACCCCAGGAGCAGGCCCCACCCCAGGAGCAGGCCCCAUCCCUGGCGGCCCCACCCCAGGAGCAGGCCCCACCCCCAGAGGCCCCACCCCAGGAGCAGGCCCCACCCCCGGAGGCCCCACCCCCACAGGCCCCACCACUGGCCCCAGAACAGCCUGCACCAUAA